ACCGAUUCGCGGUUUUGAUUUCUUUUUCCCUUUCCACCCUUUCCACCGACCGAACUGUCAUUCGCUCGGAAUUCGCAUUGCCAUCAGGGGGUGAAUUCGAUCGAGAUUCGAAAUGAGUGCUUCUCCGGCUAAGCUGCAGGAUAUGCCACCAAAGGGUGGCUAUCAGAAUAUUCCCUUUGCCAGGAUUCCAGCGAAAAAGUACUUCAAAGGAUGGCAAAUGAUUGCGGCCUACGCGGGUUUCACCACCGCCGGAUUGUCCAUGUACUAUCUGAACUGCAAGGAGAACCAGCGCAACGACGUCGAGAUGCGCUCGGCCCGGAACGUAAUCUACGCCCUGCUGCUGGCCGAAAGGGACCGUGAAUAUCUGAAGCAGCUGAAGCGAAACCGCGACGAGGAAGCGGACCUGAUGAAGGACGUCAAGGGCUGGCAGGUGGGAACCUGGUACGGUGAGCCCGUCUUCAAGACCCUGCCCAAAGACCAGUUCGUGGAUCCGUCCUUCCAGGAGUUCUACGUCCACUCCAGCUACGAGGACAUGGCCAAGCGCAAGGACGUCAAGAUGAUGAGCUAGAGUGGGACCGUUCGUCGGUUCCAGACGUGGAGGACAGUUGGGUUUGAACCUGCCCGGAGAAUGGUGCUUGGUUCAAUUGGAAUUUCGUUAUAAUAGUACAACCUCGGAACAGUGAUGUGUAAAAUAAAUCGUAGGUCUGUCGAUAAU